CGAUUGCACAGAAGUCGGUGGGCGUUAGGUCAGGAGGACUCACGGAGGGGUUUGGUCCCGCUUCUGCCGCUAUGUCUGUGAAGAGAAGCAGCUUCAGCUCCAUGUCCGUGUCCCGCAGCAGCGGUGGAGGUGUGGGACGCACCAACGGCGGCUUUGGCAGCAGGAGCCUUCACAAUGUGGGGGCAAGCAAGAGGAGCUCCGUGAGCAGAGUAUAUUCUUCUGCUAGACCAGGAUACAGCUACGGGUCAGGUAUUCAAGAGGUUACAGUCAACCAACAUCUCUUGGUACCCCUCAACUUGGAGUUUGACCCCAACAUGCAGAAAGUGCGGCAGGAGGAGAAGGACCAGAUCAAAUCCCUCAACAACAAAUUCGCCUCUUUCAUUGACAAGGUGCGGUUCCUAGAGCAACAAAAUAAAGUGCUGGAGACCAAAUGGAACCUCUUGAAAGACCAAAAAGUUGUGAAAAAUAACCUUGAACCCAUGUUUGAUGCAUACAUCAGCAACAUGAGGAGACAGCUCGAGGCUCUAGGAGGGGAUAGGCUGAGGCUCAGCUCAGAGCUGAAGGCUAUGCAAGAUGCUGUUGAAGACUUCAAGAUCAGGUAUGAAGAUGAGAUCAACAAGCGCACAGCUGCAGAGAAUGACUUUGUUAUGCUCAAGAAGGAUGCAGAUGCUGCCUACUUGAACAAGGUGGACCUGGAGACCAAGGUGGAUACACUGACAGAUGAGAUUAACUUCUUAAGAGCUCUCUAUGAAGCAGAGCUGGCUCAGAUGCAAUCACAGAUCUCUGACACCUCUGUGGUCCUGUCCAUGGACAACAACCGAAACCUGGACCUGAACAGCAUCAUCGCAGAGGUCAAGGCGCAGUACGAGGACAUCGCCAACCGCAGCCGGGCAGAGGCUGAGUCCUGGUACCAGAGCAAGUACGAGGAGCUGCAGCGCACGGCUGGCCAGCACGGGGACGACCUCCACAACACCAAGAUGGAGAUCUCAGAGAUGAACCGCAUGAUCCAGCGGCUCCACUCAGAAAUUGAUGGUGUAAAGAAGCAGUGCUCCAAUUUGCAGACAGCCAUCGCUGAUGCUGAGCAGCGUGGGGAGAUGGCCAUCAAGGAUGCCAAGGCCAAACUGGCUGAGCUGGAAGAUGCCCUGCAGAAGGCCAAGGCAGACCUGGCCCGGCAGCUCCGGGAGUACCAGGAGCUGAUGAACGUCAAGCUGGCCCUGGACAUCGAGAUUGCGACCUACAGGAAGCUGCUGGAGGGAGAGGAGAGCAGGCUGGCUGGAGAUGGUGUUGGUGCAGUGAAUAUUUCCGUGGUCUCAUCCGGGACCAGCUACGGAGGUGGGAACACAUUGGGGCUGGGAUCAGGCUUUGGCAACAGGCUGAGCAUGGGGGGGAGUGCUGCCAACCCCAGCAGUGUGAGUGGAUUUGGCCCUGGGGCAGGAAGCAGCUCGAGCAUGAGGUUUGUAUCGAAAAGCACCACCAAGAAGAGCUACCGGAGCUAAGCUGUGGUGGCAUCCAGCUCGCUCAGAGCAGAAGAGGUUGAGCACCACCUCCUGCUGCCAGCACAAAGUCUAUUAAAAUCACCCAAAGAAUCCUGCUUAUCACUUACCCACUGGGAGAAAACAUUCCCAGUGCUACUUACUGGCUUGGGAGAGAUGCCUCUCCAAUUAAUUCCUCUGCAUAAAGCCUCACCCAGCUGACCAGGAGCCCAGCAUCGCUUGUCAAUGAGUAAUCAGCCUUCCCAUUAACUGAUGCCAUCCUUAGAGCUCAGCUUGCAGCUUCUCAGGGCUUCCUUUUGCUCCAAUGCAAAUCCAGAGCAGAUGCAGGACUCAGUGUAGGUGAAAGCAGAACGUGUCCCUUCACCUGCUCAGGACAGAAAGCAGGAGGUGUGUUGAGACCACAGUCUCUCACGCUCCCUCCUCAUCAACCCUGCACUCCCCCACUGCUGAACUUGCUCUCCCCAAAGGCUUGGAGACUUGAAAAUGGAGCAUCUUUCAAUGUAGAGGCAAUUGUUCUCUUCCAGUCCCUCUUGUAUGGCUGUUGUUUCACCCAAGGGCUCUCUAGCUCCACCUAUGUCCACAGCUGAAAGGGGUCAGCUCCCUACGCUGCCCAAUCCCUCACCCACCUAGUUCAUGUCAUUUAAUCCAAAAGACCAUGUAACCUACAGGUUGCUAAACCUUGGCUGAGCAGCAAACCAUUCUGCUUUGCACCAGCCAGAGAGAGAGCUUCAAGUAGAGCUGAGGUUAAAAAUACAGGACAAACAAACCUGGGCAACAGCAGGCUUUGGUGUGAUAAACCUUCCACAACCUGGGAAAGCAUCUCAGGUGUAAUGCCUUUGUUCUGAGGUGGGUUUUUUUCCCCCCUCCUUCUCUAUGGAAGGGGGUAAAGAAGAAGGUUGGAGAAUUAUGUGCCCAAAU